AGCGAGCGGCGCAGCCGGCCAGCGGCGAGUUCCCCCAUUCCCGGACAACGCCGCGGCGCAGUGCAGCGUUGAAACCCGCGCAGCUGAAUCCGGCCGCCGGCCCCCUUCUUAGCCCCGGCUUGAGUCCCGCCGACAGCUGUUUCAUGGGAACCCAGGAGGCCGAACGAGAUUGGGUAGAUGUGGCGAACGAUCUGCUCAGCAAGUGUCACAUAAACCUGAGGCUGAGGAGGGUGACUGACUGUGACGCAAAUGUUUUCAUCGCACUCUAUGAGAAUAUCUUGGGGGAGAAAGUUCCAGACUAUAUUGCGGCCCCAUGCAGUCAGGAAGAUGACAUGCAUAAUGUUCAGUGUGUGAUCGACUCACUGGCUCUGGACUACCUUCAGAUCAGCCUCUCUCACAUCACAGGGGAAAACAUUGUCCGAGGGGACAAAGAGUCUAUCAAGAACCUCCUUGAGAUCUUCGAUGGGCUACUGGAAUAUCUAAACGAAGACGUCUGUGAAGAGUCUCAGAGUGGAGAACUGGAUGACAUACACAUUGAGGAUGUACCUUGUGGAGUUACACAGCCGGUGGGCCCCCAGGCUGGAGAACAGAAGGAUGCCCUCUUUGAAGGAGCGUCCCUGUCUUCCAGUGAAUUGUCUACUAUCCAGUCCAGUAAACCUUCCCUCCAUUCCUGGAACGCAGAAGAGACAGGAUCAGCCAAUGAUCUCAUUGGGCUGGGAGACACGGCACGCACGUUCAAGGCCAAACAAGAAGCAGUGUCCACAUCCCCCAGAGCUUCUGACCCUACUGCCACCUCAGAUCCUCUGGAGCCCCAUCUCACCCCACUGACAGAACGACUGCCCUCGGCCAUUCCUCUUCAGCCCCCCUACCAGACCAAUACUCCUCACAGACCCUACACGGCCCCCUGUUCACCCAGUCAUCGGCCCCCAGCUGACAGCUUCGGUCUCGGACACACAGAGGAAGGUGCUCCUGUCCAUACAGAGAACUCGCAAGUGGCUGAGACUGGUGUCAUCAACGGACUGCAAUCUCCUGCUGAUCGUCACUCUCCCGCUUUGAGUGAGAGGUCUGCGACCAGUCAACCUUGCGCUGACACAGAGACGAAGGGAGAGGCGCUGGAGCUGACCCAUGGCGGUCCCAGGAGGGUUCUGUUCCGCACGCAGCCUGACGUGCUCUUCCUCACCCUGCAGGAUGAGAUGGAGCUCACCGCCACUACUCCAAUGGACAAUACAAAUGAGAAAGAAGGAGAUCUGAGGUCUGUCCUGGGGCAGGACAGCCAGCCAGCUCACAGAGAGAGGAGAGGCCUCUGUAGCAGGAUGCAGGAGGAGGGCGAUGACGAGCCUCUGUCUUAUCAGAGGCAGAAUAACCGACAGGCCGAGCAGGAGUUGCACCACAUGUCAGAGAAGCUCUCCCGACGACUUGAGGAGCUUGACCAGAUGCUGAAGCAAGCCCUGGGUGAAAGUGGAGAGUCCAGUGAGGUCAGAGAGGAGGACAAGCAGUCCCAUCACAGUGACAGCAUCAUGGAGUGUCGCAGGACCCCAAGACCACACACAGGCACUCCCCACCCCAAAGCCGCCCACCGGACACGCUCUCUGUCCCCCUCACCUCCCCGAGCGCAUCACUCCCUGCAGGGACAAGUGGAGGGCACAAUGAGAGGGGCACCAAGCUUGAACAGGAGACAAGCAAACCUUACCCCUGCUGAGGCAGCCAUUUGCACACGGAGACGACAGCCACGCCACAGACGACUUUACACAAAGCCCAGUGAGCUGGUUAGCAAAUCCUAUGAGGCAGAACUAAAAAGGUACGAAAACCGAGAACGGGCAGAACUAACCAAGGAGCGCCUCAAAGCUCGGGAAGCUGAGCAGGAAUACAGAGAGGCCAUUCUAAGGGACAUUCCCCCAACUCCAAGACUUACUCCGGCUAAGAUAAAGACACCCCAAGAACGUACCAGACACAUCACACGAGGACGAACAAGGCGAGAGUGCCACAGCAAAGCCCCACCAAUGAAAAUGAAGGAGAACGACCUUCUUCCAGUGCUCCUGGAGGAGCUUCCCUUCCUCCACAUCUCCCCUCAAUCCCUCAGCCGCAUGUGGGAGCAACAGCUGAACCAAGUGGGCCAACUCAACGCAAUCUACUCCGGUCAGAGCCACCGGCACCGCAGCAAACUCUGCAGCCAGGUGGAUGAAACGCAAAGGAGACAUGACCUGCUGGUGAAGAUAAUCCAAAAAGAAAAGGAGCAUAACAGGCGUCUGAGGGACUUUAAGGAGCGCAUUCAGCAGCAGAAGUUGGCCCAGAAUAAACUGAAGGAACAGAGGCAGCAAAUCGCCCGGUCCAAGAAGUACUACAACGACUACCACGUCCAGCACCGUGCCCGCCUGAUGAGAGCACGCACCAAGGAGGAGAGGAUGUUUCGUCAGGUGUUCGAGGAGGGUCUGGAGCUCCAGAAGGCCCAGUUGCGGGAACAGCGGGCCUACGCCAGGGAACAGCGACUGGAGCACCAGAAACAACACCAGGGGCAGAUCGAGUCUAUGGAGAACUACUACAAGGACCAGUUUGCCGUACUCGCUGAAGAACUCGCACAGGAAAGGCUCGAUAUCCAGGUUCGGAAAAAAGCUCAAGAAAAGGCCCUGCUGAAGAUGAAGCGGGAGCUGCGUUCCAGGAUGGAGCGUGAGAUUAAUGAGCUGCAGAAGAUCAUUAUACAGAAUGACGAGGAUGACUACUUCAGGGACUUGGAGGUUCAGAGACUCCGGGGUCGAGUCCAGCUGGCGUCUUUCCAGUACACCAGCUGUCUGCAUUGACCCACAGAGUGAGGGAUAAAAUGUGUUCCUCUCCGAGUCCAGUACUGACUUCAUCAUUAAAAGACUUGGUACACUCGGAACGUAAGUUGUGACAAAGGAUAACGUUGUUCCCGCCAGUCACAGCUGAGUGUGGAAGGUAUUUGGACUGGCCGUACAGGUAACAAUCCCCUCAGGCCGCUUGCCGAAUUUGCACUGGAAGAGUCAAAACACAUUUUAAAAUCCUUAAUUGGUCUGUAGGUACACAUGGCACUCCAGGCAAGUGCGAGGAUUGUGAUCUGGAGCAGAUCUGUACCAGGAAUCUGAAAGCACACUGCUAAUAUGUAGCUAACAGCUAACUCUUCCUCUCACCUUGGCUGCUAUACAUGAUUUUCAUGUCACUUUGGACCAAGUCCUUCUCUUCCAUGGUUUUUAAUUAAUAGAUCAUUUUAGUGUUUUUAAUGACCCCCUAACUGUGCAGUUUUUAGUGUUGUAACAGACCGCUAGUUAAAAUACUAUUCCUCCUGCCAAGUGGGACUGAGACAUUUAGUAUGAAUGUCACAUGCUGACAGGAAUGAAUUCAGUUGUUUUCCCCUUCCCUGCAUUCUGAAUGUCUUCCUGACCAUUUUAACUGUGCCAGAUUAUUUAUUUCAGUGGCUUCAUCAUUUUAUUUUUAUACUAAUGUUUCUGGCUGUCAUGGGGUGAUAGCGACAUUUUAAACUGGCCCUGUUUCAUUAACUCCAUCCUGACUGUUGUCGACCAUCAGCCACAGGUUAACAGAACUGAGCAGAUAAGUUGGGACCACAAGACCCAGAACAAGAUCUGUAUGGCUUGCAAUGCUGCCACACCUGCUGGUUUGUCCAUUUUGUUUAUACACGAGUGUCUGGGUUGUGCCCCAGUGUAACAUGUUGACAUAAAUUAUUAGGUUAGGUCAAAACAGUUUGAUGAAUCACAUGUAUACCAGGUUAGCUUUUUAAACUCUUGCUGAUAUUAAACUUGUGAUGA